AAGAACCACCACAGAUCAAUAGAAAAUAGCUUAUCGAAAGGCCCGUCGCGACUAGCUCAUUACGCGGAAGCAAGCCGAGCCUUACAAGCCCCAUAGAUCUUUGGAGUUCGAGCCCGCGAAUAACGUCGUCUUUCGUUUGUUUCCAAGCCGUUGAUACGAGCACUCUUACUACUACAGCGUCAGCUACUACUAGUAUGGCCACGACGCUUCUACCAUCAGCACACUCUGCGACGCAUUUGCCGACGUCGUUCGCCGACCUAUCAGAAGACGUGCUUCUGCACCUGCUUGCUCGCCCAUCUUCCGGUGGCCCGAGCCGCGAGCUUUCCCCGGAAGACCUCGCACGGCUCGAGGCGGUCUGCUACGCCCUCCGCCGCCCGCUCCUGCUCCCCCGAACCGCCGCCACUCCGUCGUCGAAACAUCCGCGCGCGCGAGAUGCUUGCGCCACCCGCUGCUCGCGCGGGUCCCGCGGAGCUGCUGCGCGCAAUGGCGGCGCAGCGGUGCGGCGGAAGCUGGCUGCGCGUGCUGCGUUUCGCGUGGGCGGUGGAGGAGGCCUGGGGGUUGCGGCGGGGAAGUGAUUCGGAAGUGGAGGUCGGAGGGGGGGAGGGGAAGCGCGGAUGUGACGCGGCGGAAGCCGCCUUGCUCGCCGCGGAUUGGGCGGCGGCGGCGGAAGGGGAAGAUGAGGCCAGCCUGGGGAGGGAGGGAGGUCGCCGCGGCCCGGGAUUAACAGCCGCUGUUUACGCGGGCGAUUACUGCUCGUUCCAGAUAAAGACUAGCGGCGAGCUGUGGGUGUACGGAUCAGGCACGCGCGACGGCACCCCACAAUUCGCCCCCCCGCGUACCGCGCCAACUCACCCAGCACCAGUCGUCCCAACCCCCGCCCCGAAUCAGCCUCCCCCGAAUCAACCCGCCCCGCGACUGUCGAGCCGCCCCCAGGCGGCUCAAGGUUGGGCGGCUGCCGCCAGCAGCGCCCUGGCCGCCGGCCUGGCUGCUGUGCGUCUCGGAGCCAGCACCGCAGGCUCGGGCAGUGCCGCAGCGAUAGGCUCGGCAGUAGGCUCGGAGAGGCUGAAUGGGCGCACGAUGCAGCAAGCGCAGCAGGGAGGGGGGCGGAGAGGGCGGAGGGGAAGCCUCAAGGCGCAUAUAGUGGUGGGGGAAGGGGCGUCGGGGGGUGCUGGGGGAGAUGGGGGGAACCAUGGGGCGGCGGCAGGGGCAUCCGGGGUGGGUUAUUAUGAGGAGCAUGGGGUGGGUGGGGGGGGUAGGGAGGAGGACAGGGUGGUGCAAGUAGCGGGGGGAAGAGCGUUCACUGUGAUACUAACGGAAGCAGAGGAGGUUUACACAAUGGGGCAGGACUCUAACGGGUGCUGCGGGCACGGGCAGGAAGGGGCGGGGAAGAAAUUUUCCCAGCCGAAAUUAGUGGAGGCUUUAAGAGGCGUGCCAUGUCAGCAGGUGGCCACAGGGAGGAGCCAUACCUUGGUUCUAGCUACGGAUGGCACAGUGUAUGCGUUCGGAGCAGGCGGCAAUGGCCGGCUGGGGAUAGGGGAUACGGACGACAGAUGCGGCCAACGGUUGUGGAGGGUCUGCGGCCAGAAGUGCUAGCUGCCGUGCUGGACGGUGCCGUGCUGGACGGAGCCAUGCUGGACGGAGCCAUGGGCGGCAGGGGAGAUGAUACCAUGGGUGGGAGCAGCGACCGUAUGGGCGGCAGGAGCACUGACAUGGGCGGCAGUGGCGAUGAGUAUGCUCAAUACCGCAUAGUGAGUGUAGCAGCUGGCGCCAGCCACUCUCUCGCCGUCACGGCAGGCGGAGUGGUGCUGGCUUUUGGCCGCGGGCAUAGUGGGCAGCUGGGGGGUG